ACAUGAUUAGUUUAAACUAAGAAACAUGAUGUUUUUUUAAAACGCAAUCAUGUAAUUAAUUACUAACGAACCGUGACUAUUCGGUAAAAUUGACCGGAUUGGUUAGGAUUAACGGGAUUGAUCAUUCGUAUAAGUACUAGUCAAAUAUUGGAAUGCAUUUCUUAUCUUGUACAAAAGAUGAACAAAUUGUAAAAGAGUUUAUCGUUACUUUCGGCAUUUUUUUAAUAUGCGAGGGUUUUUUAUUUCAAUACAUCAAGGUUUACAUCUCCGUAAAUCUUACAAUCGAGUUAUACUCUAUUUUUUAUUUAUUUUAUUUUAGACUUAACAAUAAGAGAGUUUGAAUAG